GGCUGAUGGAGCAGAGAGGGGAUAGCUUCUCGUAAGCAAACAUCAACACAGCAAUACAAACAAGUUAAAAUCCCAGGAAUGCAACAACAACGCCCGGUGGAGGGAUACAAUGUGUAGACGUAAAGCUGGACAACUUGACUCGGACUGUCACAGUUUGUGAGGUUUUACAUGGUCGCAACCGAGCAGAAGUUUGUCACCCCAGAUGGAAAUAAUUUGAGAUGACAACCAACGCGGUGCAAGGGCGCAUUCAGUGUUUCUAAUUAACCGUCCUGACAAAAUGAUCCACAUGGAUUGCGGGCUUCACGUUUUUGGACAAGGAUUUUCUCCCUUUCACGUUUCCAUCGCUUUAUUGGGGCUUCUUGCGUUCCUGGAAAACACAAAAACUUUGGGAUUAUCACAUAAACCAGAGAGCUUUCUCGAGGAUCUGACGCAGUAUGAGGUGGUUCACCCCACUAGAGUGGAUGCCAAAGGUCACUUCCUGUCCAAUUUCCUGCCCCACCAUGUCAGCCGUAUACAGCGCAGGGAAGCCUCAGAGGAAUCGGCAAACUCAAGGCGGGUCUUCUACCAGCUGUGGCAUGGUGGACACAGUUUGCACUUUAAUCUCACCCUCAACCCACACCUGCUUGCGCCAGGCUUCCUGACAGAGAGGAGGUACGGUGGCCUGGAUGGGGCCAAGUUCCACGCUUCUGGCUUCUCUCAGUGCCACUUCUUAGGUGAAGUGUGGGAUGAGGCCACUGUGAGAGGGAGAGCAGCCAUAAGCACCUGUGAUGGACUGACAGGACUGUUCAAGCUGUCCAAUGAAGAAUUCUUUAUCCGGCCACUGGAGCAGUCGAGCGAGCAGACCACAGCACCACAAGCCCACGUCAUCUACAAACGCCAUGUCUCCCCCUCCACGAGUCAGGUAGUGCAGCCCAUCUCAGGAAAACAAGCUGUCAAUGGUACCUGUGGGACCAAAGAUCGUCAUGGAGUGUUUGAAGACAUGGAGAGACAACGGGAGCGCUGGGAGCGUCGGCGGCACAGAAAGAGGAGGAUUCGUCAGCGCUCCGUCAGUAAGGAGAAGUGGGUGGAGACGCUGGUGGUGGCCGACUCUAAAAUGGUGGAGUAUCACGGGAGCAAAGCAGUGGAGAACUAUGUACUCGCUGUCAUGAACAUCGUGUCAGGUCUGUUCCGGGAUGCCAGUAUUGGAAACGCAAUCAACAUUGUAGUCGUUCGUCUCAUCCUACUGGAGCAGGACGAGGAUGACUUGAAGAUUACCCACCAUGCUGACAACAGCUUGAAUAGCUUCUGUAAGUGGCAGAAACGACUCAACAUGAAGGGGGAUGAUCACCCGCUGCACCAUGAUGUCGCAGUUCUGCUCACCAGGAAGGACAUCUGUGCAGCCAUUAACACACCUUGUGAGACGCUGGGUUUGUCCCAUGUGGCCGGGAUGUGCCAGCCGCACCGCAGCUGCAGCGUCAGCGAGGACACCGGCCUUCCAUUAGCCUUCACUGUCGCCCACGAGCUGGGACACAACUUUGGGAUUCAACAUGAUGGCAACGGUAAUGACUGUGAACCCGUUGGGAAAAAACCUUUUGUCAUGUCUCCACACCUCCUGUACGGCACCACCUUGCCCAGCUGGUCACGCUGCAGUCGGCAGUACAUCACCCGCUUCCUCGAUCGUGGCUGGGGCUGGUGCCUGGACGAUGUGCCUGUGAAGGAUGAGCUGUCCCUGAACUCCAUCCUUCCCGGGGUUUUGUACAGCGCCGCCCAUCAGUGUCGCCUGCAGUAUGGAUCAGGGUCCGUGCUCUGCGAUGACGUUGAUAACAUCUGUAGCACACUGUGGUGCACCGUGGGAGCAACCUGCCACUCGAAGCUGGAUGGCGCUGUCGAUGGCACCACGUGUGGCGAGGGCAAGUGGUGUUUUGGCGGUGAGUGUGUACCUGCUGGAUACCAUCCCGAGAGUGUAAACGGUGGCUGGGCACCGUGGAGUGAGUGGUCGGCCUGUUCCAGGACAUGUGGGGCCGGAGUCCAGCGAGCCCAGAGGGACUGUGUUAACCCAGUUCCCAAGUACAGGGGGAAGUACUGUGUGGGAGAGCGGCAGCGGUACAAGAUCUGUAAAUCCACGCCAUGCCUUCAGGAGCAGCCCACCUUCAGAGACAUGCAGUGCAGCCACUUCAACACCAUGCCUUACAAGGGCAAGUUGUACAAGUGGGUUGCCGUCAACAACAGAGUCAACCCUUGUGAGCUGCACUGCCGACCACUGAAUGAAUAUUUCUCUGAGAAGAUGCUGGACGCCGUCACUGAUGGGACACAGUGCUAUGAGGGCAGCAAGACUCGAGAUAUGUGCAUCAACGGCAUCUGUAAGAAUGUGGGCUGUGACUAUGUGAUUGAUUCUAAUGCUGUCGAAGAUCGCUGUGGGGUGUGCCAAGGCAACGGCUCUACCUGUGAAACUGUGAGGAGAACCUUUGAAGAGAGUGAAGGCCUUGGUUAUGUAGACAUCGGACUGAUCCCAGAGGGAGCGUGGGACAUCCGGAUUGAAGAGGUGGCUGAGGCAGGGAAUUUCUUGGCGCUACGAAGUGACAACCCCAACAAAUAUUUUCUGAAUGGUGGCUGGACCAUUCAGUGGAACGGAGACUACAAGGCAGCUGGGACAGUAUUCACUUACGAAAGGACGGGACAUCUGGAGAACCUGACCUCUCCUGGGCCUACCAUGGAGCCGCUGUGGAUUCAGCUUCUCUUUCAAGAGACCAACCCAGGAGUGCGCUAUGAAUACACAAUCAGUCGAGAGGUCUCAGAAGACAAUAGCAUUCCUGUCUCGGUCUUCUUCUGGAAAUACGGUUCAUGGACAGAAUGCAGCGUCACCUGUGGAGUAGGUGUUCAGCGGCAGACUGUUCACUGCGUGGAGAAAACAUCUGGAAUAGUGGAAGAGCACUUCUGCGACCCGUCGACCCGACCCGAUGAUAAACAGGCCAGCUGCAACAAGGAGCUGUGUCCAGCUAUAUGGUGGACGGGAGAGUGGCAUAAAUGCUCAGCUAGCUGUGGGAACCUGGGCCUGACUAAAAGGACAGUGAUCUGCAUCCAAGCAGUGAGUGUGGAGGAGCAGAGAGCCCUACAGCCCACUGAAUGCAAACACAUGCCCAAACCUCCGGCAAUAUCCUCCUGCAACACACACAUUCCCUGUCCGGCGGACUGGACCACAAGCAGCUGGUCGGAGUGCUCUUUGACAUGUGGAAGCGGUACACAACACCGGAAUGUAACCUGCUCCAGAAACACAGGUAUAGACUGUGACCCACAAAAGAAGCCCAUCGCUAUCACUCCCUGCUACCUCCAGGACUGUCCGCAGGUAGUGGAUAUUUCUGAAGGUAAUGACUGGUCUGGAAGUGGCUGGUCCAGCAAAGAAGUCUUCAAUGAAAUCAACUCCAUACCUGAAGCCAACCCUCUUCCGAAAUACAGCACCACCAGAGCCCAGCCAAAGGAUCAUAACAAUCUAAAUAACUUUAUCGAGGCAGACUUUUCCCAUCCCAAUCACAUUGAAAAUACCAAGCAAAAUAACGUUCAAGUGGAUGAUUUUUACUAUGAUUAUAACUUCAUCAACUUCCAUGAAGACUUGUAUGACUUUGACUCUGGGGACAAUGGAAAAGAUACAGGGGAGAGUCAUGGGUCUGAUCUUCCACCAGAGGCCAAGACAAACCACAGCAUGAAAGAAAACAUUUACAAGGAAACUACAAGUCCUCCCACAACUACCUCAGACACUUCUACAGUUUCUAAGACUACUGCAUACUCUUUGAAAAUUGAGAAACCACAGGACAUUAAUCUAGACGAUGUUGAGGAGAACGGAAAACCACCGACAAAGAACUCUGUUGCAAUGAAUCCUGAAAUUCCAGAUGUUUUUCUCUCUGAAGACUAUUUUCUGCCAGUCUCUACCACUUCCUCACCACCUUUUUCUCCAACAAAGUUUUCACAAACACUGAAAGAGAAACACAGCAGCCUUGGUCAGCCUGAUAACAUGAGCACAAUUCCAAAUCUAGCGUUCACUACAAAGCAGCCUACUCAGGGCCCAGAAUGGGGGCAACAUGGAAAGGAAGCUGAAAAUGGCUAUGAAGAUUUCACUGAGGAAGAAAACCAUUCUGAGGAUGUUUUUGCUACAGUAAAUUAUGCUGAUAUUACUCCAGUCAGUCAGACUAAUGAAGAUGACACACUAGCUACACCAGUGAGAGCUGAGGAGAUAGAGGAUCUUGAUAAUUUGACUUACAGUUACAGUAAAGAUAUCUCUGGCUCCCAAGAAGAGAGUCCAGAACCACCUUUAGGUUCUCCAUCUCAAGAAAAAGGAUUUCAGUUUGAGACACAACUGGAUGAAAGUACCACAGAAAUACCUCAGACAACUAGUCUGUCAUCUGAUACGUCAAAGAUAUUUUCAACUGCGCUCAUACUGGGAGAUUCCGACGCUGAUCAAACUGAUUUUAAUGACACAAAUGCUAACAGUCAGGGCAAUUCAUGGGUCACUGACCGUGACCUCACUGUGACCUCACUUCCUGCCUCUCAGGAGUCCACUACUCUUCCCCUGCCUACUCAGCCACUCUCAGGAAACCAAGAGUACUCUGAUGCCACCUCAUCAAAAACUGGAACAGACUUCUUACCGUCUACAGAACUGGAAGGAGGCACCCAGCCUUCACCAUUUUACACAAUUACCGAUUCCCAGCCAGGUACAACAGAACAGGUACCCACAAAAUUGACCUUAUUUGACAGAACAACACCUCGUAGAACAAAUCCUCGAGCCCCUUCCUCCUACGACUGGAUUGAUUUUGACUACAAUGAAAUUGUCAUCCCCCCUGUGCUGCCAGACAGAGGUAAUAGCCGUCCUGCCCCUUCAUACGAACUUCCAACAAGCACAGCAGCGACUGCUCAGUAUAGCACAAAACCAGACAUUCAGUCCCCAGAGCCUGCCAUGCUCACUUUGCCAACCCGUCCACCUACUCUGUGGGCUGUUCCCGUGUCAACAUCAGUCCAAACCUCAACCCAAGUCACUACAGCUGCCUACUGGGUCACCGGCAACUGGAGCGCAUGCUCCACCAGCUGUGGUCUGGGUGCCAUCUGGAGGGCUCUGUCCUGCAGCACAGGCUCAGAGUCAGACUGCGACCCGACCAAGAGGCCUGUGCCAGCCCGACGCUGUUACCUGCGACCCUGCUCCACAUGGAAGAUGGGGGAAUGGAGCAAGUGCUCCAAGAACUGUGGAGGUGGUGUGGCAUUGCGUGAGGUCCAGUGUUUUGACAUGCGGGACCAGAGGCCCCUCCGUCCUUUCCACUGCCAGGCAAUCUCCCCCAGGCCCCGAAUCCAGAUGCCCUGUAACCCUCAGCCAUGUCUUGACUGGUAUACCUCCUCCUGGGGACAAUGCUCUGAGGUGUGUGGAGGUGGUGAGCAGCAGCGGAUGGUCACGUGUCCAGAGGAGGAUGGAUGUGACAAGGACUUUUGUCCCAGUAACAUCCAGUCCUGUAAUAGCCAGCCGUGUGCUCAGUGGCUAAGUGGAUCCUGGGGACAGUGUUCGGCCUCAUGUGGCGGUGGGGUUCAGCGGCGGCUCAUCAAGUGUGUCAACACGAAGGCCGAGACAGAAGAGGAAGUGGACCAGGUUCAGUGUGACUAUCAGCCACAGCCUGAGACUAUCCAGAAGUGUAACCUACAUGAGUGUGAGAGCGCCCCCUCUGGCAUGGUAUGUCAUCGUGAUCGCCUCACCUUUCGUUUCUGUCAGACUCUGUACCUGCUGGGCCACUGCCACAUGUCCACUGUGCGGGCACAGUGCUGCAAAACUUGCAGCCAGCGUACCCGUGGCAACAACCACACUUCUCGCCGCUGAGGUGCAG